AUGUUUGCGCGAUGUUCGCGAGGGACGUCAAAGUGUUUGCCUAACGCAACGUGCCCGCCGCAGCCGUCGCUCCCUUGUCCACGCUUCAACUCAUCAUCUCUCCCUGAGCGUACCCGAAAACUGCCCAAUGCACGACGCUCCAGUUCGAAGCUGCUCACCGACUGGCUGCUCAAUCGCUGGUUCCUCCUCGGCAUUGUCUCUGGCGUCACCUUGAACGAGUAUUUCAAGCGCCGCGGGGAUGACUCCUUCGUCACAUAUACCUUAACCGGCAAGGAGCCCGUCUCCUCGACCGCAAGCAUCUUCCACCUCCAACCGAAGCACCAAUCAGAGAACCACGAGCUUUACAAGGAAGCAUGGAGGAGGGGCAUCUGGAACGUCCAGUUCAAACAGCCACAGCUGCAGAUCGUGAGGGCAUACACGCCGUUGCCGCCUGUGGAUGAGAAGACCGGACAAGAGACGGGAGAUUUACGGUUCCUCAUCCGACACGACCCGCACGGCGAGGUCUCCUCUUGGCUGCACAGACUGCCGUUCACCGCGGAGAUCGAGAUGAGGGGCCCGUACCUCGAGUAUGAGAUUACCAAGGAUGUCCGACAAGUUGUCUUCUUCGCGGGAGGGACGGGGAUCGCCCCAGCUUUACAGGUCGCGCAUGCUCUGUUCGAAGGAAACAAGGCGGUAGGACAGGAGGAUGCGGCACGCAAGGACCGCAAGCUGCAUAUCCUCUGGGCGAAUAGAAUGCGGCAGGACUGUCUGGGCGGUGUCAGCGACGACCCGCCAGCGGAGUCUUUGCCUCCCAAAUCGACCUGGUCGGGCUUCUUCUCGACGCCAAAGCCGAAACCAACACCUCCGCAAUCGGCAGAAAAGGGUCCAAUUGUGCGGGAACUUGAAGUCCUCAAGCAGAGAUAUCCCGGUCAGGUGACCGUGGAAUACUUUGUCAACGCGGAGGACACGUGGAUAGACGAAGACGCCGUCUUUCGCGCACUGUCCCGGUUCGAUGACAAGGACUUCUCCGCAGGCACGCCGACGUCUGAUGAACAGCGUCAAAUCUUGAUCUCGGGACCUCCGGGGUUUAUUGCACACCUAGCAGGUCCAAAGGAGUGGAGGAACGGGCGGGAAGAGCAAGGCGCUGUCAGCAGGAUCGUGGCGCACGCGCUGGCAAAGAACCCGCAUCACGUCAAGGUUUGGAAGAUCUAA